AUGGCCCAGAAGGUGCCCAAGUCUGGCUAUGCCCGGUUUUUGAAGGAAGGCGCGCAGCAUUUCAAAGGCACCGAUGAGGCCGUCGUGCGCAACAUCGAUGCAUGCGUUGAGCUUGCUUCGCAGUUGAAGUCAGCUUAUGGCCCAACAGGUAUGAACAAGAUGGUGAUCAAUCACAUCGAAAAGUUGUUCGUCACCAACGAUGCGGCCACGAUUUUACGUGAACUCGAAGUGCAACAUCCUGCAGCCAAGAUCAUCAUCAUGGCCUCACAAAUGCAGGAAAAACAAAUCGGUGACAACACCAACACCGUCGUCAUUUUCGCCACUGCCCUCUUGGAGCACGCAAACGAGCUGAUUCACAUGGGAUUGGCACCUCAAGAGAUCGCCUCCGGCUACGAGAUGGCGACGGAGAAGGCUCUGGAGAUCCUCGAAGAGUUGGUUGUCGACACCGCCACCGAUUUCCACGAUAUCAAUAAGGUGAAGCAAUACAUCCGGUCUGCCAUCACCUCGAAGCAGUAUGAUAGCGAAGAUAUAAUUGCUGAUUUGGUUGCGAAAGCUUGCGUUUUGACGGUCCCCAAGAACAGCCAGAACUUUAACGUUGAUAACAUUCGUAUUUGCAAGAUCCUCGGCUCGGGCGUAUCAGCUUCACAGGUGAUGAAUGGCAUGAUCUUCAAACGUGGUUCGGAAGGCGAAGUGAAGAAGCAGACCAACUGCCGCGUGGCGGUCUUUGCCUGCCCAUUUGACCUGACACAAACUGAAACCAAGGGGACCAUUCUUAUCGAGAAUGCCGAUGAAUUGAUGGGUUUUUCGAAAGGCGAGGAAGAAGAGGUCGAGAGCCAAAUCAAGUCUCUUGCUGAUGCCGGCGUAAACGUGGUCGUUGCCGGCGGGAAAUUCGGAGAUCUGUACCUGCAUUUCCUAAACAAGUACAACAUCAUGGCCGUUCGUCUGACAUCUAAAUUUGACCUGCGUCGCUUGAGCAAGACUUUGGGCGCCCAGGCUCAGGCCGCUAUCUGCACACCAGCUGUGGAUCUCCUCGGGCAGUGCGAUGACGUGUUUGUGAAGGAGAUUGGAGACGAGCACGUCACCGUUUUCGACAAGAAGAGUGAAAAGGGCCAAGUAGCCACAAUCAUUAUCCGUGGAUCUUCACAAUCGAGAAUCGACGAUGUCGAGCGGGCUAUCGAUGAUGCGGUCAACACUUACAAGGCACUGACGAAAGAUGGCAAGGUGGUCGUUGGUGCAGGCGCUGUCGAAAUUGAGCUCUCGACCCGAAUUGCCAAAUGGGGCGAGAAACUAUCUGGACUUGAGCAAUAUUCCGUUCGCAAGUUCUCCACUGCGUUGGAAACGCUACCGAAGUGCUUGGCCGAGAAUUCUGGAUUCAACGCGAAUGAGCUAUUGAUCAAGCUGAACGCUGCUCACGAGACUGGAAAUCCGAAUGCCGGAAUCGACAUCCUGGACAAGGAUGUUCUUUUGGAUGCCAAGGCUGCGCACAUCUAUGACCUCUAUGCUGGGAAGCGCAGCGCGAUCAAGUUGGCUGCAAACGCUGCAUCCACGAUCCUGAGAGUCGACCAGAUCAUCAUGAUGAAGCAGGCCACUGGGGGUGUCAAGCCCCGUGCUCCCAAGCCGCAAGAUGACGAAGAUGGCGAUGGCAUGGCU